AUCUCCAGGGCCGAACUUGAGCUCCUUGAGGAACUCCAUGUUGUCCAUGAGGCUAAGCGCGUUGAAGACGUCAAAGUCCUCCUUCUUGGCCAUGAUCAGCGUGUCGUUCAUAAGAUCCGUGAGCGGCACGGACGUGGCCACAUUGUAGAACGAAUACGCAGCGUUGAGCUUGUUGUGCUUGUCGUGGCCAAUGACAGUCGACGGCAGGUGGUAGAAGCUCGUAAAGUCCGUGAUCUUGUGGGUCUCCGGGUUCUCCACCACGUACGCGUUGAUCACGCCUUGACGAGGCAACAUCCAGUGAGCCACGUCGUUCUGAUCGUACUGCUGGACAAGAUCGAACUUAGCCAGGUACGUCUUGAGCAGCGCCGUAACCUGAGCCACAUCCUUCUUCUGCAUGGAUCGGAAACCUGGCACGGACGUGGUCUCUGGCAGCUUGAACAUCUUGAUAGUACGCGUCAUGGUCAUCCUGGGCGCCAGUCUGGAGAAACCCACUUCAAUGAGUUUCUUGGGGUUCAGCGAGCGGUGGAAGUAGCGGCACUGGGCCACAGGCAUGGGCAGCACCACUCCAGCCGUAUACACAGCCUGCCAAAUGUCUCGGAGGUUGACACGACGCGUGAUCUCCUUGAUGAGCACAGGUGCGAGUCUCUUGGUGCGCAAUUUCUUGUGUACACACAGGAAAUUGAUCUCGGCCAUGGCCAUCGUCUCCUUAUACACACGCGUCUUGACGGGAAUGCCACUGAUAAAGGCCAUGAGUUUGUUGGUCUUUUGGUUGCGUACACCCACGUGCCAGUCCUUAUGGAAGCCCGGAGGGGUGAGAGCCCACAUGAGGAAGUCAAUGGAGUAGUCAAAGCGGAACAUAUUGUCAUCGUCCUCGACGUAGUUGUGCGUGAGCAGAUCGUAGACCUCCUGGGCCUCGUUCUGCUUGGUCAGGUCGAUUUCGCUCCACUCGAAGCCUGGUGGCAUGUUGUACGGCUCCUGACGCACGUCUUUCACAGUCUUUGGAGGGUCGAUAGCCCCGUGUUCGCGCGGGAAUUCAUCCAAGGCCGGCACAGGUUGAGUCUUCCAGAAUUUGAAAUCCUUCUGCGCCGCCAAGGCGUUGCGGUCAGGCGCCUGCUGCGCCGUGGCCAAGUUGAGCUGCUUGAGCACCUGCAGAAACUCCUCCUGCUCUUCGACCGUCACCAACUCCAGCUUGUCGUCGGGCUUGCCGCCCGCGGGCGGGGGAGAGCUGCUCAUGUUUGACGCGGAUCUUUUUGUGAGUGGAGGGAACUCGAAUCCGUUUUGGUCGUACUAAAAAACAACAUCUUGGGCACAGUAUGCUUAGUUUGGCACCAUUUCAUAUUUGGACCUUUUGUUUGGACAGACUAAAUUAGUGGACCCCUUCGUUGGGUACACUACCACCAUGAAUCAGGACGAGGAGCAGCAAGACUUCGUGCGUCUAUUGAAGCAGCUGAACCUCGUUCAGUCCGUGCAACAGGCGCAGCAAUUGGAGAAGGAGCACCGCUUCUGGGGCACGCAGCCCGUACCGACGCUGCAGGACCAAAAUGGUAGAAGUCCAGAGUGUCCUCAUGGACCCAUCGACGUACAAAAGUCACCGGAUCAAGUAAGACAGGAGCCGUACCACAUGCCGUCGGGCUUCACCUGGUCUACGCUCGACGUAAUGGACCCUUCUCAGGCCAAUGAAGUAUAUGAAUUGCUCUCCAAAAACUACGUCGAGGACACGGACAGCACUUUCCGCUUCGACUAUUCCGUGGACUUCUUACAGUGGGCUCUCACUCCUCCAGGCUACCACAAAAACUGGCACAUUGGUGUACGCAGCACACACAAUAACCAGCUCAUGGCCUUCAUUUCCGGUAUCCCUGCCCAAGUCCGCGUCUACCAUAAGACUGUGAAUAUGGCCGAGAUCAAUUUCCUGUGUGUACACAAGAGACUGCGAGAUCGACGGUUAGCGCCUGUGCUGAUCAAGGAAGUGACACGAAGAGCGAAUCUCCUUGAUAUCUGGCAGGCCGUGUAUACAGCGGGAGUGGUUCUGCCCAUGCCUGUGGCACAGUGUCGGUAUUUCCACCGCUCUUUGAACCCCAAGAAACUAAUCGAAGUGGGGUUUUCACCUUUACCUCCCAGGAUGACACUGGCACAGACGAUCAAGACGUUAAAGUUGCCUACUCACACGUCAACACCGGGCUUUAGAGCAAUGGAGCGGACGGAUGUGCCGAAAGUCACGAGGUUGUUGAAGGAAUAUCUGGCCAAGUUUCACCUCGCAGCGGAGUUUAGUGAAGAUGAGGUGGCACAUUGGAUGGUGCCACGUGUUGGAGUCGUCAACGCUUAUGUGGUGGAAAACCCGGAUACUCAAAACGUCACAGAUAUCUGUAGCUUUUACCACCUGCCGUCGACGAUCAUUGGCAAUGACAAACACAAGAAACUCAACGCGGUCUACUCCUUCUACAAUGUGGCGACGUCGGUGACACUCACACAGUUGAUGCAGGACGCACUAAUCAUGGCGAAGAAGGAGAAGUCGGAUGUGUUCAAUGCACUGGACGUCAUGGAAAACGUCGAGAUACUGCAACUGCUCCAGUUUGGACCUGGUAGUGGCGAGCUGCAGUAUUACCUGUACAACUGGCGCUGUCCGCGGAUGUCCAGCGAUUGUGUGGGCAUCGUGCUGUGCUGAGCAAUUAUCUACUGACAGCCGAGCUACUAACUUAGGUGGAGUAAAAAGAAAAAAUAUACGACUGGAGGACAGCUGCUCCAUUUUCUUUUAAAAAAAAAAAUACUCAGAAUACACAAACUCAU